UUUAUUUCUCUCUCUCCCUCUCCCUUUCCCUUUAAUCCUCUUACAUUGAGCCAUAGUAGGUGGGGCAAGUCUGUCUGCGUAUUUAGAGUUUGGUUUAUUUGGAGUGGAGCAAUGCAGGCAGACACCGUGAAUAUACAGCAGAACAGAGUAAUGAUGAUUUUGUGCAAAGCUUUGGAUGUGUUGGUCUGUGGAGAGUGACAGAUGUCAUGCCUCAUCUAAGUUGCUCAGAAGCUGUGCUGCUACUCUUCAUCUUUGCACAAGUCACUGCAGGCUUAAAAUGUGUUUGUCAGCUGUGUGUGAACCAGACCUGUGAGACAGAUGCAGAUGGUGCAUGCUGGAACUCUGUGAUGCUCAUUAAUGGCAAGGAGGAAGCUGUCAAGUCCUGCCUGUCUCCAUCAGAGCUGAAGGGUCAGAUGUUCUGUUACAGCUCCAGAAAUGUCUCCAAACGCAACUGCUGCUUCACAGAUUUCUGCAACAAUGAGACUCUCCAUCUCAGUCUAGAGCCGUCAUCUGAGGGCUUUGGCUGGAGUCAACUAGAACUGGCAGCAAUAAUUCUUGUGCCAUCGUGCCUGUUGUGUGUGGUCGUUGUUCUGGUAGUUUUUGGCGUUCAGAACCUGCACUGCGCACACAUUAAAGCCCGCAGGCAAGACCCAGAAGAACCCCUAGAUGACCAGACUCUGGUGUCACCUGAGAAAUGCCUAAAGGAACUCAUCUUUGACAUGAGCACCUCCGGCUCUGGGUCAGGAUUGCCCCUGUUGGUACAAAGAACAAUUGCUCGGACUAUCGUGCUUCAGGAAAGCAUUGGGAAGGGCCGCUUCGGGGAAGUGUGGAGGGGCAAGUGGCGGGGGGAGGACGUUGCUGUGAAGAUCUUUUCCUCACGAGAUGAGCGCUCCUGGUUCCGUGAAGCUGAGAUUUAUCAGACCAUCAUGUUGCGACAUGAGAAUAUUUUGGGAUUUAUCGCUGCUGAUAACAAAGAUAAUGGCUCCUGGACACAGCUGUGGUUGGUGUCAGAGUACCAUGAGCAUGGGUCGCUCUUUGAUUACCUGAACAGAUACACAGUAUCAGUGGAGGGGAUGAUAGUUCUGGCACUGUCCAUUGCAAGUGGCAUUGCCCACCUACACAUGGAGAUCAUCGGCACACAAGGAAAGCCUGCCAUCGCCCACAGAGACAUAAAAUCAAAAAACAUCCUGGUAAAGAAGAAUGGAACAGCUGUAAUUGCUGAUCUUGGUCUGGCUGUAAAACAUGACUCCAGCACCAACACCAUCGACAUUCCCAUCAACCACAGGGUGGGCACGAAGAGGUACAUGGCACCUGAGAUUCUUGAUGACUCCAUAAACAUGAGCAGCUUUGAGUCAUUUAAGCGAGCCGAUAUCUACUCAAUGGGACUGGUGCUCUGGGAACUUGCCCGCAGAUGUUCUGUCCGAGCAUACGUCUGCCCAUACCAUAACAACACCAGGAUCAUGGGCCGCUCCGUCCACAACGUUGACAUCAGCAAACCGCUUACCCACACAAUGUCAUACAUGGUGUCUGCCAUCUUUGCCUGGUACAGUGACAAGCAGGAAUCCAUUUAUGAAGAGAACACCUUUCCAAAGUGCCAGAUACCAUCGAAUGUGAGCAUUUAUCCACUCAAGUCAGUUACAAGGAAACGCCUUUGGAGACGGCUAAUGGUAGAGAAAUGAAGAUUUAUUUCACAGGCAACAGCUCUGGUGGACAUUCCUGCAGUCAGCAUGCCAAUUGCAUGCCCCCUCAAAACCUGCAACAUCUGUGGCCUUGUGCUGUAUGAUUAAACUGCACAUUUUAGAGUGGCCUUUUAUUGGGGCCAGCCUAAGGCACACCUGUGCUGUCAAAAUAGCAUCUUGAUAUGCCACAACUGUGAGGUAAAUGGAUUAUCUCAUAAAAAUGGGGGCACAAACAAAAGUGUGGCAUUGUGUUUGUUUUACAAAAAUAACUGUAGAACAUGUUUUGAAAAUAUGUAAGGCAUAUGAAACAGAGGGAUUUAAAGGAAGAAUUUCAAGCAAUAGGAUGCAAGGAACUUACUAUAGCCAACUUAUUAAACGACGAUCCAAAAUCAGGAAGUCAAAUGUAUGCAGUUUUGAGAUUUAUUAGGAAUAGUGGGUUAUAUAAUAGGAUAUAGAAGAUGUAGAUCAUUCCUUUCACACUCCAUCACAGUAGGUGGCGGUAUUUAUUGAAAGAAAGAGAUGAACUUUAAUUGCUUAGUGGAACAUUGCUGCAAAUAAAAUGAUUGAAAUCAAACAAGAUCUGCACAUAUUAAACAUUAUAUUUUUUUAAAGCACAUCGUUAAAAAAUUUAGUCUAUCCCACAAUACAUGUUGAAUUUGGAAUGUUCUUUGUAUUAAAGGGACACUUCACCCAUUUGCAUUAAGCUUUGUAUAGUUAGAACCCCAGUCAUGGUUUUGAAUGGUUGUGCAUCAUUUCCUCAGUUGCCGCUGAGACAGGAGAAAUACAGAUUUUAGUGUUGCACUUCCUUCUUUCAAUGAUGUAAAAAUCGUCAUUUUGCAUCAUCGAAAGCAGGAAGUCCAAUAUCUUUGUUGAGGGGGUGAGACUACAAACACCCCUUUCAUCUGUCAAAUAGGCACCAAAUUCGAAAUGUAUGUUACAUUUCAACUACAAAUAUGACGCACUUUCAAUAAAGUUUAAUGUUUCUACGGGUGAAAUGCUCCUUUAAUUGUGCGCAUUGCGCAGGUUGCUCUUGUAUAAGAGGAGAUGGUUGCAACAGACUUUUUGUAUUAUCUUACUAUUAUAAAGCUGUGAUCUAAUCUUGUUUACAUGAAAUAAUGACAGCAAUUUCAGGAUCAUCUUCAAGGAGAAAGAACCAAACAAUCCAAGACCAUGCCAAAUCAUCAACAAUCAAAUCCAACUAAACGAGUAAUCCAUGUACAAAGAACGGGCCCCAGAAUAAUAAUGGUUAAAUUCAGUGAAAUCCAUCAUACUUUGUGAAAAGAGAGAAUACGUGAUUGUGACUGAAGCAUGGUGCAAGCACAAUACCGUAUUUUUUUACCCAACUGUAAAGUCACAGCACUUUUAUGUACUGUUAUUAAUUUCACUUUAUUAACUUAAAGUGUUAAAACGGAUAUAAUAAUUGAUAGAAGUUUAUGACAAUAUGUAUAAAGAAUAUGGAUUUUAAAGGUCCAAUAGACCCCUUCACGGUUCACGUCACAGGCGGUUCCCAUUGCGCAUGUCGGGGUCAGAAAAGUCAUUACAGCAGAUUGAGUUGCGUAUUAUUCGGUAUCAUCAAAAAUGCCUACUUACGUCGUGAGCUGUGAAAAUCGCACCAGGUCUUCCGUUA